AUGCAUCCCUCUUCCCUCCCGCAGCACAACAAAACGCCGACUGCUGCUAUUAGGACAGCGAGUAAUGCUAUUGCGCUGCCCUCGGCGUACCUCACAUCGGCUCCCGCCAACGCACCCUCUGCGCCGGGCCCGGGAGCCCCACUGCAAGGACCAUUCCCAGGACCGAAUGGGAAGAGGCCUGGCAGGCCGUCCAAAACAAAGCCAGGUAGACACCUUCUCAAGUCUCUCUCGACUCCGCAGUUGCGCGGUCCCAUUAUGUCAGAUUCAGACGACAAGAAGCGGAACAAACUUGGGUAUGUUGAACGGCUCAUCUCAAACAUCGACACGGUCUGACGUCCCACAGCUACCAACGAAUUUCCAUCGCUUGUGGUAAGUGUGCCGCCCUGGCCCACGCCAGCAACUCGGCGAAUACGCGAGCCGUGCCAUCGUACCUCCGUCGCGCAAUCGCUGCUAACCUCACGUGCAGCUCACUGUCGUCGGCGGAAGAUCAGAUGUCUCGUUGCCGACGACGAUCGCGAAGGCAGAUGCCAAAACUGCAUCCGCUUGAAGAAGGAAUGCGUCUUUUACCCUGUUGACCAGCAAGCUGUCAUCGACGCAAGGUCUGAGUCGAGCAGAGCAGGCGGGCCGUCAGCAACACCUUCGACAGUGUCAUCUUCGCCGAACCAAGGUGGAUCGAGUUCUUUCGACCCUCAGGGACCGCAGUAUGCUGGUGGCUUCCCCAACGUCCCCCGGGACACUCAACCUCCGUACCAGGGCAUCCCGAUACCUCCCAACCUCAGUAUUCCGACACAAGGUACCCAUCUUCCGCGACGAAAGACGAAGCGCGACGGCUAACAAUGUGGCAGGUCAGUUUGGUGCUCAGGACCACAGCUAUGGUCCACAGGGAGAGAAUUGGAGCCCACGAGAGUACAGGAUGCCGAACCAGGCACUCCCUGUAGCGCCGCCGAGCAACAUGCACCCGCCGACGAGAUUCGGAGCCCAGAGCCUGGCAGCAGACACGGCGCCAUUUCCUCCGCCACUGAACCAGCCGCAACCGCCUUUUCAACAGAUGGAAGGCUACCACUACAACCCGGAGCAGAUGUGGCACGCACAGCAACCGCAACCACAGCACCAGCCUGUGCGAUCGAUGUCGUAUCCCGAUGCAUAUCAAACGCAAAGCUACAGUCCAUCCUUCCAGACGAACCAACGACCGCCGGGCUCUUUCACGCGACAUCCAUCGGUACAGGCUUCACAGCCCGAUCCACGCAUGGCCCCGAUGCCUCCUCCUCCUCCUCAAGGGCCGCCGCCGCCGUCUGGCCAAAAUCAAGCCUACAUGCUAUCUCAGCCUUUCCAGCAGCAACACAUGCAGACGAAUUGGUACUGCCACACUCCUCCGUACGGGCAUGGCAGUGAAGGUACGCCGCGAACAUUGCCGAGCCACGGCACGCAUAGCAGCUUCACUGGACGGCCGGGUUGAGAGGCAAUGGAAGACCUACAGGCGAGCACACGUCUUGAACUUAGAGGGCCAUGCAAGGACAAAGCGAGGGCUGCAUCGACCUGUCCGCUGGGUCGUGCAGGGCGCUGGCGCUGAUCGCUCCAUGCGGCAUGCCCUGCCCGGCAGCAUGGCGGUGAGUCAGGCGAGGAGUCUGAGUUGGGUGACUAUAGUAUCGGUUGCGGUCGGGUUGGGCGCAUCGCCCCGAUGUAAUAGUACGGUGGGGAAGCAAGGACAUGUAAAUCAACAACACAGUACAGCCAUCGGGCAAUGUUUGUAUGCGGGGGGCAACUCGGUCAACGCAAUUCUGACCGGCUGAGAGAGGUUCGGAUAUGUAUAUGCAGCAAAAUCGCAAUGAGCCCCAUCCCAUCGGACGGAGGAUGGACGGAACUUUUGCUCGCCAAGAAUAUACAACGAUGGGUCCGACGGAUAUGAGAAGAUGGACCCUGUGGGCAACUACCUAUCUAUGGAGCUUGGGAGCAGAGUGGGACGAUCCUCUUGGUGUCAUGCACGUCUGUCUUCUCAGAGAGUCCGUAGAGGCAGCAAAAAGAUCCCGAGGUCCUUGUCAACUGCUGCCAAUUAGAGCAAGCAAUGUCAAAUGCCAAACAUCGUUCAAGGGGAUCCCAGAGAUGGUCGGUCAGUCAUUCCUCGCUCUCUCUCUCUCUCUCUCUCUCUCUGUCUCUCGGGGCUUCCCACCAAAUGCACACACACCAUCGACAGCGACUUUUUUGGGUCACCCGCCACCCCCUGGCGUAAGGUAGGCGGCAAAGCGAGUCGUACUGGCGCUUAUUAUGCCAUGCGAGAGCGCGGCGCCAGGUGUGUGGUGGGUGGGAAGGAGCUUCUGCAUCCUCUGCAUAACUUUGAACAGCGAAGACCCCGGUUCCAAAUCCGUUCGUUUGUAUUGCCAUAGAAAUUCGAACAUCGAACGGCGCCAACAACGACAACAACAGCAGCGUGAGCUCAACCUUCUUCCGUCCCGUAUUUUCGUCUCUCCAUCGCAUCUCUUAGCAGUCGAAAGCCAACUCACCGACCCAGCAACCCCCCACAGAAAAACA